AUCUUCCACAAAACAGGCCAGGUGGUGAGACUAGUCAGAGAUCCCGAAGCCACUGCACCAUGAGCGUCUCUGCCUUCAGCCCCACCAGAUUCCCAGGCAGCAUCUCUGGACUCCUCCAAGUGGUCUCCCUGCUCAGCCUGCUUCUGCUGCUGUUCAAAGCAGCCCACUUCUACCUGUGCAGACAAUGGCUGCUCAAAGCUUUCCAGCAGUUCCCGUGUGCACCCUCCCACUGGCUUUUAGGGCACAAGAUCCUGCCAGAAGACGAGCUGCAGCAGACGCUGAAAUGGGUAAAGGAAUUCCCAAGUGCCUAUCCUCGCUGGUUCUGGGGGAGUGAAGCUCACCUGAUCAUCUACGACCCUGAGUACAUGAAAGUGAUUCUGGGGAGAUCAGAUCCAAAGGCCAUUUCUUUCUACAGAUUCCUGGCACCCUGGAUUGGGUAUGGUUUGCUCCUGUUGAACGGACCAACAUGGUUCCAGCACAGGCGAAUGUUGACCCCAGCCUUCCACUAUGACAUCCUGAAGCCCUAUGUGGAAAUCAUGGCCAACUCUGUUCGAGUGAUGCUGGACAAAUGGGAAAAGCUCAUCAGUCAAGAUGCCUCUAUGGAGAUCUUUCAACCUGUUUCCUUGAUGACACUCGACUCGAUCAUGAAGUGUGCCUUCAGCUACCAGGGCAGUGUCCAGCUGGACCGGAAAUCCCGGCCCUACCUCCAAGCCAUUGAGGAGAUGAACAACAUGUUUUUUUCCCGUGUAAGGAAUAUGUUUCACCAGAAUGACACCAUCUACAGUUUGUCGUCAAAUGGCCAACGCUGCAAACGUGCCACUCAGAUUGCCCAUCACCACACAGACCAAAUAAUAAAGCAGAGGAAGGCUCAGCUGAAGGAUGACAAAGAGUUGGAGAACAUCAGAAAAAAGAGACACUUGGAUUUCCUGGACAUCCUCCUGUUUGCCAAAACAGAAAAUGGGAGCAGCUUAUCAGACGAGGACCUGCGUGCUGAGGUGGACACCUUCAUGUUUGAGGGCCAUGACACCACAGCCAGUGGUAUCUGCUGGACCUUGUAUGCUCUUGCUACACACCCCAGCCAUCAACAGAGGUGCAGGGAAGAGGUCCAGAACCUCCUGGGAGAUAAAGGCUCCAUUACUUGGGAACACCUUGACCAGAUGUCCUAUAUCACCAUGUGCAUCAAGGAGGCCCUGAGGCUCUAUCCACCAGUUCCAUUUGUUGGCAGAGAGCUCAGCAAACCUGUUACCUUCCCUGAUGGAAAAUCUUUACCCAAAGGUAUUAACGUCAUACUCUCUUUUCAUGGCCUUCACCAUAACCCGAAGGUGUGGCCAAAUCCUGAGAUAUUUGACCCUUCCCGAUUUGCACCUGAUUCUUCCAGACACAGCCACUCAUUCCUGCCCUUCUCAGGAGGACCAAGGAACUGCAUUGGGAAACAAUUUGCCAUGAAUGAACUGAAGGUGGCUGUGGCCCUGACCCUGCUCCGUUUUGAGCUACUGCCAGACCCCACCAGGGUCCCCAUCCCCAUACCACAACUUGUGUUGAAGUCCAAAAAUGGGAUCCAAUUGUAUCUCAGGAAGCUCCACUAACCUUGAGUUCUGUUUGCCAUAUGAGAUAACAUAAUCCUGAGCUUCAAAGCUGAGGCAUUGGACAUCCUGGGAAAACAUUAUGCAGUCUGCCACUGUCCCUCCUGAACUGUCACCGGAUUUCGCCUGCAAGGCGUCUAUCUGCCUGUAUUUCUCUCACUCGAGCUUCUCUAUCUCCUUCUUCCUUGCAGUAAAGUUCCUAAUGUCACAUGGAGUGUCUUGGCCUCUUGUAAGACUAUGGCAGGAAAAAAGAGAUCGAAGGAAAGGAGACAAGUCCCUUCUGAGGAAGAAGAAAAUGACAUGUGGCCUGUGGUGCCAGAACUUCUUCUUGGCCUUAUGGAGCCCACCCUCUUUGAGUGGCCUCACACAUGUGACUCCUCAUGCCCCAUACCAAUCCAGCUGCUGAGGCUCCAGUAGCUGAGUUUAGACAAAGGGCUUUUCUCUGGGAUCUCAGAGAAGCUCACAUCUGUCAUGGAAGGAGACAAAAGCCUCUAUUAUAUUCAAGGACUACGUUACUUGCCCUAGACUUUUCAGAAGCUCCAGCUAAAGCUCAUCUUGAGCUGAGCAGGAAAGCCUUCCAACCUGAUCUGGCAUGAGAGCCUCAAGACCUUGCUAUUCACAGAUCCAAUGAGAUGUGAGAAGAGAACCCGGCCUGGCCGUGUCACCAAGUCACCUGUCAGCCUCCUUCACAUAUAGGACCUUAAUACUCCUCAGGAGGCUCAGAGAAUGGACAACUGUCAGUCAAGAGCUGGCAAGAGUCUCCUCAUCUGACCGGAGGGGAUGUCAGAACCCAAGCAGCUCCUCCUGCCCCAUGAAGUCUCCCUGGCUGGCUACCCUGAAGGAUGAGGGGCAUCAACAACUCUGCCCACAGAUGGAGGCUUCCUGGUUCCUGGUACUUCUGACCCUGGUCCUGCUCCCUACUUUCAUCCCUCUAGGUACUACCACCAGAUUCCCUGGUCUUCUGUUCUUGCUUCUGUGAGUCUCCAUUAAAUAAGCCUCUGCUUGUUUUGCUGGUUCUGA